AUGCCGAACCUCGUCGCCAUCGACGUGUCGGUCAUCGACGACCGCAUGCGGUUGGUCUUCUCAGACCGAGCCGUCGCAGCUGCCUACGCAGCCUAUCUCCGCGCUCAAGACCUACGGCCACCGCAGUAUCAAACGAUUCCGGGGUAUCAGCGGUCGCCACAACUUCACACAAGUUCGAAGGAGGUCACCCUAUCGCUGCCGAACUUUAUCACCUGGUUCAUCACCUGCCGGCUUCCGGACGACGAGGAUGCCGUAACGUUCACAUUCAUGGACCAACACGCCGCACUUGCCGCCCGAUGGGCGGACGCCAUGCUUCUGUUUGAGCACGUACCCCAGGUAGCCUCCCCACCAUCAACGCCUGGCCGCCAUAACCACCACUCUUCCCACUACUACGACGACGACGAAGACGACGCCAAUGAGAACCGCCACCGCUCCAACUCCCACUCCCGCCCUCACCCGCAAUCCCGCUCCGGCUCCUAUCUACAACACCACCAGAACCCUCACUCGCCCACUCCCAUUCCAGCGCCCGCCAAGCAACUGCACGUGCGCCGGCUCUGGAACCGCAGCCACAUGCUGAAGCGGCUCGAGGAACUCCGCCGACGGACGCCCACUGUCCGGAGCAGGGUCAACAGCCCGGUGUGGAACAGCAUGAUUGCUAGCGGCGGACUACCUCGGUCACCGGGGUCGGCUACUUCGGCGUCCGGGCUGGGCUCGACCGGGAGCGGUUAUGGAUUUGGGAGCGGUAAUGGCAAUGGGUAUAGUAGCGGUAAUGGGAAUGGGUAUGGUGUUGGGAAUGGAUAUGGCAGUGGUAUGGUAAAUGGGGGCGGAAACGGGUAUGGUGGGGGGUAUGCAAACGGAAAUGGAAGUGGAAGUGGGAAUGGGUACGGCUCGAGCUCCGGGUCGCCGACACAUGGGGGUCGGACAGCGGUCGCCGUGACCGGGCCUGGUGGGGUUGGGCAGCGAGGGGAUAUUUGGUGGUGA